AUGAGAUGUCCGCAACAUCGCGUGCACGGCUACUGUAAACAGUUGUCCGCAUGCCGAUCCAAAUCUUUUUUCAAAAUCAAAGGCGGGAAAGUAAAAUCGCGUUUUUCUUCUAAAGUUGUCACAUCUCUAAUUUUUUUGAGUACACCGUUCGAUUCGCAAAGAAAAACUAUGUAAGAUACUGCUUUCACCUGAAACCCCAUUUUUUACUGCCCCUAUGCCUUUAAAUUGACCUUGGGCGCCCAUUUUUAUGGAUAUGGCUUACAAAAAGGCAAAUUGUUUACAUGGGACACUUUCUGUCUUCAAUUCCGUGUUCAAAGUAAUUUUCGCGAAAUGCAGAAUGAUCUCUGACUCUGCAAAAUUUAGUUAUCUUUCUCUAUUUUUAAAUGGUGUUCUGCAUUUUGCGGAAUCACUUUCAACACGGCAAAAGCUUUUGUAUUUUGUAGGGAAUAAAAAAACCAUAGUAAUGGGAAAAAAAAAAUUGAUCUUUCGAGUGGUGAAACAAAAAGCUAAAUUCUUGUUUUUUUCUGUUUUUUUGAUGAACUUCGCUUCAGUUUCAAAAAUUACUUCGGGUUGAAAAUUUUAAAUAUUUGAAUAUUUAUUCCUUUUUAAGAAAAAUUGUUCGAAAACGUGUAGAAUAAUCCUUAAAGACGCUAAAAUCUUCCAUUUCUUAUCAACUCUUGUUCCAUGUGAGUCUGCUGCUUAAAAUUAUUCUUUGAUAAGAUUUUUUUAAAUCAAAACGAUUUCGAUGACUUUUUUUGAAAAAAAUUUUUCAGGUCGUGUAGAAUAUCUGCCCACGGCUUGACCUGCUACGGCAUUUGGAUGUUAGUUUUUUUUUAUCAUCAUUUUUCUUGAUUAAAAUGAAUUUUCGUUUAGUUCUAACACUGAAAUUUUGACUUUUUGGAAGAUUUCUGCUCAUUUAUUGGACUUAUUCUAUGGAAAAAAAACGUUUUUUUUGUUGAAUUAUUGUUUUUUGAUAGUUUCUGGAAAAUUUUUUCAGUGACCAUUAUAGGGUUUUGACGUUCUAGUGGCCACUAUGGUAGUCAAACAAGUGGCCACUUAAGGGGUUAAAAAUUAAUGGCCACAAUAGAGGUCUAAGUGCUACUACUAGGCCUCUAAAAAUCUUAGUGGCCACUUUAGGGGUCAAUGGAUCAAAAUAACUGGUCCAAUCUGUUUGCUUUAAAAUUAUCAGAGUUCCUGGAAAGAAUAAUGGAUGAAAAACUACUGAAGUGGCCACUAAAACGGAAAAUAGUGGCCACUAUAGAGGUGGAUUUAGUGGCCACUUUAGUGUCCCCUCCAAGUAGCCCUUGGCGAGCCCUAUAGUGGCCACUAAAGAUUUUCCCAGUUCCACAGAAAAAAAAAAUCAAAAAGGUACAUAUAUUUCAUCAAAUUUUCACAAGAAUCAAUGAUAAUUUUGCGCUUUUCUCUUCAAGUAGCUCUUUUUAGGGACAUUCUGGGCAUCAUUUGCCUGUUCGGCUGGUGUAUCAUUAUUUGUGGGAUUUAUUUUCUCGGCUGGUUCGGAAUUCGGCCCAAAAGCGUUUCGAAGGUUCAUUUUUUCAUUUUCUUUAUAAUAAUUGAAUAAAUUUCAGCUCUAUUACGAGUUGGACGUUGCGCCGAAAGCUCCAAACUCAUUGAAAAACGUGACGCAGAAAUAA